GUCCGCUUCUUCCUGUUUAUUGUGAUCGUCUCCGCCGGCAACCUUAAGGUUCUCAUUUGACGUUUUACUGCUCGGGGCGACUCGCUGUCUCUGUUUCAGCCCCUGGGAUCGCCAGCCUCGCCGCCUGACGAUGGAGGACUCUGAGGCACAGCUGACGGUGUCGGAGGCAGACGCUCUGGGCGCCGACUUCAUCACGGUGGAGUUGGACACGCAGCCCAUCGAGUAUGUGGUCAAGUGGGCCGAGGUGGGCUCCAAGUUUACCAUCUCGUGCGUCAAGAAGGACUCGGACGAGCCGUCGGAGCUGAGCGGCGGCGAGCAGCUGAAGAUGGAGACGGACGAGGCCUUCUUUGUGCCUUACGAGGAGGUUUACCCCUGCGAGGUUACCGAGCAGAGCGUGGAGAUCAAGAUGGAGUCCGACGACGACGACGACCACCACCACCAGAUCCUGGUGGAGGUGGGCGGCGCUCAGCCGGACGGCGACGCCGACUCGGACCGGGCCGACCCGGAGCCCGACGGGCGGCAGUACCGCUGCGGCUACUGCGGCAAGUGCUACAGCCACGCCUCCAGCCUGUACCGUCACCAGCAGACGCACGCCGCCAAGAUGGCUGCAGCACCCGCGCCGCCGUCCGCUAAGCGUGCCCUGGAGCCCGCGCACCAGGACGCGCGAUACGCGUGCCAACACUGCGGCAUGACCUUCAAGGGCAGCAGGAUGCUGGGGAGUCACCUGCGGCUGCACGGCAAGAGGCGCAUCCACCCGUGCAACAUCUGCGGCAAGGAGUUCAACCACAGCUCCAGCUUGUCCCGACACCGCCUCAUCCACAAGAAGGCCAAGGACGGCGCUCUGGCCCAUGCCGCGCCCCAUCGCCCCUCGCUGAAGGGCAAGAAGACCAAGCGGCGGAGGCAGCCGGCGGCCGUGAUGCAGGUGGCGGGAGGAGACAAGUUCUACGCCUGCCCGCAGUGCGACAUGAGCUUUCGCACGUCCACGCAGCUUUCCAAGCAUCAGGUGACGCACGUGAAGGAGCUUCUGGACAGCUACACGCAACCCGGCAAAGAGAACGUGGCCGAGAGCUCGUCCGACCUAAAGAUCCGCCUCAAACUGUGCUCCCGUGACAAGCCCAACUUCUACACCCUCUGCAAGAAGAACCGCCGCCGCCGCCGCAGCCGCACCAAGCGAACCCUCGACAUGGCCGAUGACGAGGAGGAUGGCGACGGCCCCGCCGCUCCGGAGAGUCAUGGCUGCCGCCUUUGCGGGAAACACUUCAGCCACACCUCCAGCCUGGCACGCCAUCAGCUGAGCCACCAGGUGGCAGACGGUGCCGCCGGCAAGCGACCCAAGACCAAGAGCAAGACCUUCACUUGCGCCGCCUGCAACAAGACCUUCAUGCACUCGUCCAGUUUCUCGCGCCACAAGAAGGCGCACCUGGGCGCCACCGCCAAGAGGGUCAUACUAGACGAGACGGCGCCCAUCGAGUCCGACUCCGACUGACUGCUGGAGGCGGGGUCCCCUCGGGCCGCGACGUCGAAAGCUCACCCCCUCGUCCCGUCCGCACGCCGUUUCCCACCCGAAAAAGAAAACCGGAAGCCGCACGGACCAACCGCGUUCCACUGGAACGUUUUUGUUUUGUCAAGAUGAAAUUGGAAGCAUCACGUAUGGAUGGAAACACGACGACCAUGUUUUCAUCUCUCAUGUCUCCACUCACUUCCCUCCCAGAGUGAUCCGAUUGGCCGCUUGUUCUGUUUGUUGAGUCCAUAUUGUGAUAUGCAUGAAGCCGCUCGGCCAUCUUUGUAGUUUUUGACGUGGAGCACGGGGCAACCGCCGUAUUUAGGAAUUUGGAACAAUGUUGUCAAGUUGAAAGAUAUAAAAGCUAUUUAAAUGUCAUUCACACUCAUAGACCCUCGUUGUUACCGUAGAAACGCUGCCAUCAUCAUCAUCAGCAGCAAAGGACAAAAUGGUCCCACUCCGAUUCGGUUUCUUCCUCAUGUUUGAGGAGAAGAUUUGGCUUCUUAUUGAUUAGUCCGUUUGUUGAGCAAAGGACAUGCGGCGUGUUGUUGACAUUGAGAAUUCUGACGGACGUACGGGGUGAAAGUUUGUUUGAAAAAGAAAAAAAGCUUGUCGUUCACGUUUAGCCUCCAUAUUGUAUUGCAUCAGUGUCGUGUUUGCUAAUUAGCACAAAACGUUGACGUGUUCAUUUUGUAAUAAAUCUGGAAAACAGGCCUCGCUCUUUUUCU